GUUGGUUUCGUUCCUCUAUUAAGCGCGCGCGCGCGGCGUUUCUUGGCGAUCCCGUCCGAGCAGAGCAAUGGCGUGCUGCGCUGCGGUGGUGGCGGUGGUGCUGGCGGCCGCGGUGGCGGGGGCGCCGGUGGAGGGGCUCGGCGUGAACUGGGGCACCUUGGCCACGCGCCGGCUGCCGCCCAAGGUGAUGGCCCAGCUGCUCAAGGACAACGGGUUCAAGAAGGUGAAGAUCUUCGACGCCGACGAGACCACCAUGAUGGGGCUCGCCGGGACCGGCAUCGAGACCAUGAUCGCCGUGCCCAACGACAUGCUCGCCACCGUGGCCGCCGACUACCGCCGGGCCAAGGAAUGGGUCAAGAUGAACGUCACCAAGUACGACUACCACGGCGGCGUCAACAUCAAAUUCGUGGCGAUCGGGAACGAGCCGUUCCUCACGGCGUACAACGGCACGUACGACAACGUCACCGUGCCGGCGCUCAAGAACAUCCAGCGCGCGCUCGACGAGGCCGGCCACGGCUCCGCCAUCAAGGCCACGGUCCCGGUCAACGCCGACGUCUACGACUCUCCGGCCAGCAACCCCGUCCCGUCGGCGGGGAAGUUCCGGGACGACGUCGCCGCCGUCAUCACCGACAUGGUGAGGUUCCUCAACCACAGCGGCGCGCCCUUCAGCGUCAACAUCUACCCGUUCCUCAGCCUCUACGGCAACGACAACUUCCCCAUCGACUACGCCUUCUUCGACGGCGCGCCUCCCAACCCCGUCAUCGACAAGGGCGUCAACUACACCAACGUCUUCGACGCCAACUUCGACACGCUCGUCUCCGCGCUCGACAAGAUCGGGUUCGGCAGCCUGCCGGUGGUGAUCGGCGAGGUCGGCUGGCCGACGGACGGCGACAAGCACGCCACGGUGCCCUACGCGGAGAGGUUCUACAACGGGCUGCUCAAGCGGCUGGCGGCGCGGCAGGGCACGCCCCUGCGCCCGCACGCCAGCAUCGAGGUGUACCUCUUCGGGCUCAUGGACGAGGACGCCAAGAGCGUGGCGCCCGGCAACUUCGAGCGCCAUUGGGGCAUCUUCACGUUCGACGGCCGCCCAAAGUUCCCGCUCGACCUCCGCGGCAACGGGCGGCCGGUCAUGCCGGCGGGGGCCAGGGGCGUGCAGUACCUGCCGCGGCGGUGGUGCGUGCUCAGCCCCAACGCUUCCACCAACGCGACCGCCGUCGAGGAGAACGUGGCCUACGCGUGCUCGCGCGCCGACUGCACGCCCCUCGGCUACGCCUGCAGCUGCGGCGCGCUGGACGCCGCCGGGAACGCCUCCUACGCGUUCAACGCCUACUACCAGGCGCAGGGGCAGGUGCCGUUGGCGUGCGACUUCCAGGGCCUCGCCCUCGUCACCGACAAGGACGUGUCACGGCCACCCUGCAACUUCACCGUACAAGUAGUUGCCGAGUCGCGCGCCACGGCGGUCACCACCAACACAACCGCCGCCGAGUCAAUGGCGCCCGACGCGGCCGCGGCGCGGCUGACCGCCGCCGUGAUGGCUUUCUUGCUUGUGCUCGUCUCGGCAUAAGGGCAAGGAGUAAGUGUUUUGUAGAUACUAUGUGGCGGUGAAAAUGAUGUACGUUACCUUAAUUAAUUGGUUGAUGCUCGUGCUAAAUUAAUUAUUACCAUAGUACAUUCUCUUCCUUUCAUAAGUCAGUCAGUCAGUCAGCAUCUAACCGCGAAUAAAAACCAC